AUGGUCACGGUGACCUCACCGCAUCACGACGUCGCUGUUGCGUCUCCCAUAGGCUCACCUGCCUAUCAAGGCAAUUUGAUAAGGUCGGAGUGCAAACAAGGACGUGACGGAAGGUUUAAAACCGAUGAAGGUGAUGGGGGAUGUCCUUCCGCAGGUUUGUAAUACGGCAGUAAUUGGACACCAUUUAAUCUUUCUAUUUUCACAGGUGAGGGCCAAAAAUAAGCUCUUUUUUUAUUUUAAGCCUAUCGGUUUCUGAAGGAUGUCGAACAAAAGAUAAGACCGGGAAACAAACGAAAAAGAACAAAUCAUGGUUCCUAUGCGACAACAGCUCCCCAAGAACGUGGAUGGCGGGUAUUCAUCAUGGA